GCUUCCGGAUGCGGUGAAACGGCAGAGAAGUAGGAAAACACCGCACGGCCAUGGAUGCAUUAAAAUGACAAGACGGCAUCCACGAAGUCCAGAAUGGAUCCAGGGAGAGAAAAGCACACACUGGAGACUGUGUGUUGACGGUGUUUUGACGUCGGGCGUCCCAGGACGAGUUUCGUUUUUACGUAGGAGCCCUGUUUACGUCUCCUUGCUAGCUUAAGCCAACGUAGCUUUAGCUGGUACGCGCAGAUCAAACGCUUUCCUCCGUGUGAGGUUUUAAUUUGACUUGUCGCAAGCCUUAAUCUCGAUACAGCACUCGUUUGUGUCGGGGGAAACCGUAGUUUGAUUGUAUAGGUUUGCGGUUAAGACUCGGUCUCUUCUUCUUCACCGACAGCACAAGUUAUUUUGAGUUAUCCAGGACUGAUUUGGGGGGAAAAGUACAACAUAUAUGUCAGCUACUCUACAAGUGGACAAAAUGGGUGUACUCUGGACUUCAGUCACCACAAAGAAAACACAGCAGAUACUUUGUAAAUAACACUUUCCUGUCAGCCUGUAGGCUCCACUACUUGUCCCCUUGUUCUGCUGACAGGGCACAUAACAAACCGUAUCCUGUGUUUGAAUUUGACUGGAGAGAAGGGAAGCUUCCUUGUUUUGUUUUGCGGCUCAUCUCAUUUUUGCCUACUGUUAAGUCUUCAGCUCAACAGUGAAGGAUGAAUGGCCUCUCUCUCAGCGAGCUCUGCUGCCUGUUCUGCUGCCCGCCUUGCCCGAGUCGCAUCGCAGCCAAGCUCGCCUUCCUGCCCCCCGAGCCCACGUACGCCUUUCUGCCAGACCCAGACGCAGGCCCUGCUGCACCCGGGGCGACGGGGACAUCCAGCCUGCGGGCACGGAGCGGCGCCUCGGUCGCUGGGAGCGGCGGUGCUGGGUCUGUAGAGGGGAGAUGGAAGCUUCACCUGACGGAGCGAGCAGAGUUUCAGUACUCUCAGAGGGAGCUGGACACGAUGGAGGUGUUCCUCACUCGAUCGAGCCGAGGGAACAAAGUCGGCUGCAUGUACAUUCGCUGUGCUCCUACUGCCAGAUUUACAGUGCUUUUCUCCCAUGGCAAUGCAGUUGACCUCGGCCAGAUGAGCAGUUUCUAUAUCGGCCUUGGCACUCGCAUCAACUGCAACAUCUUCUCCUAUGACUAUUCGGGCUAUGGUGUCAGCACUGGCAAGCCCACUGAGAAAAAUCUAUAUGCAGACAUAGAUGCCGCCUGGCACGCCCUGCGUACACGGUACGGCAUAAGCCCAGAGAACAUCAUCCUUUAUGGACAGAGCAUUGGUACAGUGCCCACAGUAGACCUGGCGUCGCGCUAUGAGUGUGCUGCCGUGGUUCUUCACUCACCUCUAACAUCUGGAAUGAGAGUGGCAUUUCCGGAGACAAAGAAAACCUACUGCUUUGACGCCUUCCCCAACAUCGAGAAAGUGUCCAAAAUCACCUCCCCGGUGCUCAUCAUCCACGGGACGGAGGACGAGGUGAUCGACUUCUCCCACGGCCUGGCCCUGUUCGAGCGCUGCCCCAAGGCCGUGGAGCCUCUCUGGGUGGAGGGAGCGGGACACAACGACAUUGAAUUGUACAGCCAGUAUCUGGAGCGCCUGCGCCGCUUCAUAGGACAGGAGCUGGCAGUGCAACACGCCUGAGCGUCACCACUACCACCACCAUCAUAACUACCAUUUUCCCCGGUCCAUCGAAAGCCUCACUUCUCUGUGUCCAAGAAGGGAAUUUAUCAGAGAGUAACCUAAAUCGUCCCUCAGCGUACCGCGGCUACAAGGAGCACGACGUUUCACACACUCUGGUGCUUCAUUGUGGGCCGUAGUACGCAUUGAAUGGACCAUGGAGUCAUUAUCGGAAGAAGAUAUUUCAUCUGUCGUUCGAGCAGAUGUUUUUAGCCUAAACUUUAACAGUUGAGCUGCUAUAUGGUGCAAUAACAUGGAGAGUGUCUACAGGUAAAAGGAUGUUGCUGAUGUUAGAUAAUAACCAAUCAGAGAACUGAUAAGUAAUCAUGUAGUCGACUACGUCGUGAUCCACCUGAGAAGCUUCUGUCAGUUUUCUAGUCUACUCAUGCAGUGAACAACUGUAAUAUGUGUUCUCAACCCAUGAUAGCGGGUCAAUGGUGAGGGAUCGAAAGCACUGAGAAGUGUUGGGCAAUAGUUUUUUUCUAAUCACCUAUAAUAGCAAACAUGUUCGUAACGGUGUUCUUUAAAUUGAGUUAGACUUUACAUCCUGUUUCAGAAGCUCGACUCUCAUUUUGUAGUACCGGUAAUUGGUUUAGUGGUGUGGCAUUGGACUGCAUUAUAUUAGAAGGUGUUUUUGAUAUCCUCUCCCCCUCAUGUGUGUACAGUAGGGGUGGGUUAAACUGGUGACUGGUCUAUAUUCCUGGGGAGAAAUAGUACAUACAUAUAUGGAUAUAAGUUUGCAUUUUGUGUCUUUAAUUUAGUUUUUACUGGACUGAUCUUCUUGCUCAGGAAACCUUCCUUUAGUCACAGUCUGUGUGUGUUUUAUGUACAGUCUGAUACGUGUCCUCACAUCCUUUAAAACCAAGUUUAUCAGCUAUUUUUUAAUCAUUGAUAUUUAACCGAGUUGUUUCAUCCUAAACCUGAGGUACCGACCAAAGCCAGAGUUUGGUCAGAUGUUGAUAUCCCCAGCUUUUCUCCGCAACACAUCGUUAUCCAAGUGGUAGAGAGGCAUUGUCUGUGUUAAAGUAGGACAGACGUUAAAAAGCCUCAAAGGGAAAAUACUUCCAGUUCCUUCAUUUAGUGGAAUGUCUGAGAGUCUGUUUGCUCCGUUAUACAUGUCUCACAGUGGUCGAUCACAGCAGUCGGAAAAAUCCCUGUUCCUCUCAGUGACUGGAACAGGGAAGCAACACUUAAAUUAAACCCGUCUGUUUUAGUCUUUUUUCUUCUUAUGUCUCUGACACCAAUGUUACACAGUUUCACUCCAUCUAUAAGGACAUUAAUGAAUGACAGCUUUGGACCCAAAGUGAUGCUGGUCAGUUUUCUCUUUUAUUUGCUGAUUGGUCAGAUUAACGUCCUGAGAAUAAAAACCAUCCUAGCCUUCAUUCAGAUUCAGCAAAUACAGCAGUUGGUUCGUCAUUUUACAGUUUUAGCGGCAGUAGCUAGAGUUUAGUAAAAGCUUUUUUAACACAUCAGAGUUGCAAAGUGCAACAUUUCUAUCUGUGCUGUAGUGUGAGCAAAAACCAGAUCCUGUAGGCUUUGUGCAGCUUUAGAACAUUUCUUUUCAAAUCUCUUUCCUCUUUGAGUCUUUACAACAGUAAUCUGUCUGUGCAUACAAAUCCUGCGUAAAACUUUUUUCUCUUUCUUUCUACUAACUUCAGGCUUAACAGCAGUGAUUUUGCUUCACAGUGCGAGUGGUGCAUUCAAUUUUCCAACUCAAGGUUUAAGAAAAAUCAAGUAUAUUGACUUGCCCUAGUGUUGAGUUGAUCAUCAUGCGCUGAUUAUUUGGUGAAAUAUCAAUUUGUUUAAUAGUCCCUACAUUCAGUGGCAAUAGUGACAUUAAAGGGAGUGGUCCAAGCUUUUAUCUGCAUGGUGCCCUGUUCGAGUCACUUCAUGUUGACUCAUGAGAUAAGUCACAAACCUUUUCAAACUUACUGAUGUGAUUAUAAAAGAAAAAUCCCUGUAACUAGCUUGACGUCUGAAGUCUUUUUCGUGCUCGGUAAGCCACCAAAGUUUGAAAUCGCAACCAAAAUGUGUACAUUAAUGGAUAAAAAUGUCAGUGGAUCAAGUGAUGUUUGUUUUUCUCGCUGAAUUGUUUGUAGGGACUGAGCAACUUGUUAUAUGAAAGCUGCGUUUACGACUGUUCUGUUUAUGUUUAAAGAGGAUUUUUUAGUCUUUCUUGUCAACGUAUGAACCAAAGUCGAACUGUUUUUUUAGCGCUUUACGUUGCAUACCAUCUCUUUGUGUUCUGUAACUGCAUGAGCAAAGGCAAACACGAUCAAACUGAAACCCUGUCGUCAAGCUCUCAUGUAUCUAUCGUUUUGUUUAUUUGGAUGCAUACUCGAUGUAAAAUCAUGUUUCCAUCAAGCCUGCUUUCAGAUGCGCAGGAACAGAUAUCUUAAAUGAAGCAGAUCGUUAGUGCGUGUGCUGUAUUUUUUUUGUCGCUUUUGGUGCAGGAGUUCAGCUGAGCGAUGCAGCAGAGCCAUGCGUGUUCAGAAAAAGUGUGCGAGGUGGUGAAAGAACGACGACAGGGGAGCUCCAGACAGACACGCAACUCAGCUUUUGUCUUAUAUCUGUUGAGAACUGACUGAACAGCUGUGGGUGUCAUUUUCACACGUUCUUAUCAUUUUAUUAUACUGACAAAAUUUUUAGUUUUGGAAGAUGUUGUCUUUUUUUCCAGGAUUUUAAGAGAAUAACUUAAUAAAACAUAACCAGAAGUUGAUAAAAAAAAUAAAA